AUGACCUACUAUAACAAAGAACAACUCCCCUGUCUCUAUCCCGAGAUCACUAUCCCAACCCUUGGCACAGUCAGAGGAACGCUCGACAAAACAGGUCAAGUAGCCAAGUUCUUGAAUGUGCCUGUAGCUACUGUACCUGAGAGAUGGCGCCCUGCUGUCAAAGCACAGUCAUGGCAAGGUGUCCGUGAUGCUACUACACCAGGCCCACUACCACCACAGCAAACUAAGACCAAGGCCGCUAUCUUCAGUGGAAAUCCUUCGAAAAUGGACUACAAUACACAUAUGGAUGAAUAUGACUGCCUUGGAUGUAAUAUCUAUAUGCCUGCCGUUGCCACCGCUGAAGAUGCAGAUCUGCCAGUGAUAGUAUGGGUGGCCGGAGGCGGUUUCAAGCACGGAGGAGUAUCAUGUCCAAUUUUUGAUUGCACUCCAAUCGUCAUAAACGCAAUUGAGCUACAAAAGCCUGUUGUGAUAGUCAGUCUCAACUAUCGUAUUAACUACUUUGGUUUCCUCACCUCUAAAGAGAUGGUCCUUGAUGCUCAGCAAUAUGCUUCUUCUAUUCCACCACAGCUUCGUACUUGGUACCACAACUCUGUUGGCAAUUGGGGGCUCUUGGAUCUGAUCAUGGGUCUGGAGUGGGUUCAAGAACAUAUUAGUGCUUUCUCUGGUAAUCCAAAGAGAGUGACUCUGAUGGGUCAAUCCGCAGGCUCUACAGCUGCAUCCUAUUUCAAUAUGCUCCCUCAAUGUCAUGGCCUGUACCAGCGUGCGAUCAUGCAAUCUGGUGGAGUAUCAAUGCUGCCAGCUGUACGUCCUGAGUAUGAAGGCCAAUGUGUGUUUGAUCAUCUGUGCAGGUCGCUUCAGAUGCCAGAUGAUCUAGAGCCAUUGGAGAAGGUAGCAUGGCUACGUGCAGUGCCUGCAGAUGUCAUUGCAGAGCUGCUGAAUGAUACUCCGUUAGUCUUCUUCAGGCCCUCAAUCGAUGGUAUUAUCUGUAAGGAGAACGCACAACUAGAUGUAUGUGACUUUAGGAAAUAUAAUCCAAACCUGGAGUGGGUCUUAACAGGAACCUGUACCAAUGAAGGCUCCAUAUUGUUGAAAACAUGCGGUGCAACUACAAUAGCGGAUUUUUCAUUUUUUAAGGAGCGCAUGUGCGCUCCAUCCGAUUACUAUCUUUUUGAUCAGCUAUUUGGGGUCCCUGCGACAAACAAAGAGGUCAUGGCGACCGUCGUCAAUACUUUGUCAUCCUACAAUUUUGAAUAUCCAGUCUAUCAGGUCUGUGAAGCCAUCGCUACUCAUCCGUCAUGUCAUUUGACCCAGUAUCGUUUCGAAAGAGGAGUUGAAAAGCUGGGUAAGGUGAUGCCAGGCCUUGGCAUUUUUCAUGGAACAGACCUUUUCUUCACAUUUGGCAACAACUCGCAUACACAGAGGAUCCUUAAUGAAGACGAAAGGACCUUUGCAAAGAAAGUUCAAGCUGUGUGGAUCGAGUUUGCAACUGCCAGUUCUCCUGAGGAGUCAUACUUGCCGAAAAUGCCUCAAUUGACUGGCCCUACUACUUCCGAUACAACGAUAACCUGCGGUGGUCUUGAAGACCAAAAGAAGAGUGAAGCCAUCUUGUUCUCAAAGUCACUAGAAGUUGUCAGGACCUCAAUCUCACCUAUGACCAUGAUGUCCGACGCUGAGAUCGACUUUUGCCGAAGAGCACAUGCCUUUGCUGCAGAGAUGGCUAGAUGUGGCAAGGGAAUGGGUUUUGGCUCUCCUCCGGUAUUUGAUAUUCGCACAAUCAUUGGGACUGAUGGCACUGUACCACGUCCACUAACCCAGUCUCGACCAUCAUCAGUAUCAUCAACAUCACCAUCAUUGCCACUCUCUUCUUCUAAGGCAGAACCAGGAAAUAGGAGUUUAAUGAGGACAGUAGCGCGCCUCUGA